AGUGAGAGCGCGCGAUUGCGCGCGUAUACACACGUUUUCACGUUCGUGUUUUCCAUUUCGAACGGAUUCGAUUAAAUAAUUUUGAUAUCAUCAAUUAUUACAAUUUCGGAUUUAUUUAUUUUUUUCUUCGCGGUUUUCGCUUGGUUCGUAAAGUUGAUUUUUUUCCUCCGCAUACGUCAUAAAAAAAACGAUUCAACAACAAACAAUUUCGGUGUUGGCGGUUGGCGCGCGCUAGAAGUGAUUUUUUCUUCUUCUUUCAACUGAAAAACUUGUAUAUGCAUAUUCCAAGUGCAAACACAGAACCCAAAACGAACGGAAAAAAAUAUAUGUAUAUAACAUAUUUGUGUGUAUAUAGAAAAUGAUAUGCCGAAAGAGGCGAACAUUUGCAAGCAGCUAACAACACACGAACGUAGUCGUUGCUGUUAUUGUUGUUGUUGUCGUCGUCGUCGUCAGUGACAGAGACACAAAAGUGGCAGGCAGCAAAGAGUUGCGAUCGAAGUAGCAGUAGCCGAUUGUGAUGUGUAGUUAAAUUUUAUCGGCAGAACGGUAAGCAUCGAGCUUCGAUUUCUCUCUCUCACACCCGAACCACCACAACAGUACUCAAAUAAAAAAAAAACUUGCGCGCCAUCAAAACUUAUCGAACUACAACAACAAUAGGCAAACGACAACGAAACCAAAUUUUACAACUAGAACAUUGGAUGGUUGAGUCAACUGCGGAGAGUUUGCAAUACAUACGUUCAAUUUGGUGUGUUUUUUCUCUCCUCUGGCUGUUUUUUGUUUUGUUUUAAUUGAAACGAAACGAGCCAAAGAACGAAUAGGCGAGAAAAGCCGUAAAGAAGAGCAACAGGAGAACAAACGAAUACAAAUACACACACACAUAAACACAAGAGCCCAUACAAUCAGUCAAUCAGUCAGCCAGCCAGCCAGCUAGUCACUCGCACACACCAAACACAUUUACGCCGUACUCAUUCUCGCCUCAGCCACUAACUUGCAAUCAACGGGGCAGAGGCAAAACAAAAGCAAUCAUACAAAACACCGAAAUUCAAAUUGGGCAUACAUAUUCUGUAUGGUGUCGAUAUAACAUUGAAACGGGUUGCACAGAUUUUGCUUGUUACGGUUGCUGUUGCUGUUGGAUAAAAGUGAAAUUAAAGUGAAAAAUCCAAAGCGAACGUCAACGACAACGACGACAACGGUCGUGUGUGUGCUUCUUACACAUACCGCAAACAACCCAUUUUCAUUUGCAUUCGCAGAGUAGUUGUUAAGUGUUCGGCCGCGUGUCUAGAUGACUGCAUCCGGAUAGAAAAAAAGACAAACCAAGAAAAUGCCAUUUUCCCGUGGAAAUUUGCGGAUUGUUCGGCAAACCGGUGUGGCAAGUUUCUUGUGUUUUGUGGUGAUGCUACUGAUCACAGCCACCGCUCCUCCGGUGGUUUAUGGCCGAAUUUGUUCGGAUGUCGAUGUGCGCAACGAUCCAAGCGAAUUAGAGCUAAAACUACGCAAUUGCACCGCUAUCAUCGGCAGCAUAUCAAUUGUACUAAUAGAAACAUUCAAUCACACCGAUUUCAACGAUUACAAAUUCCCCGAAUUAAAAGAAAUUACCGGUUACCUGCUUUUGUUUCGAGUGUUUGGAUUAAAAUCGUUGCGCAAUUUAUUCCCCAAUUUGACGGUGAUCCGUGGCGAGCGAUUGAUAUCACAUUAUGCACUUAUCAUUUACGAAAUGACCGAUUUAACCGAGAUUGGACUCACUUCAUUGAUAAAAAUUCAACGCGGCUAUGUCAUGAUUAGAUAUUGUCCAAUGCUUUGCUACGUACACACCAUCAAUUGGGAGGCAAUAACACAGGCACGCGUUGGCAGUGGUUUGAGCAAUUAUUUGGAUUUUGAACGAUGGCAUCAAGCAUGCCCAUUGUCUUGCCCCGACUCAUGCCCAUCGAAAAAUUGCUGGAAUAAUUGGAACUGCCAAUUGUUUGAAACGGGCCGCAGCAACACAAUCAAGAAUUUAAAGUGUCACGAGGAGUGCAUUGGUGGAUGUUCCAAGCCAUCAGCGAGUGGUUGCCAAGUGUGUCGUCAUUUCCGUAAUAUGAUUGAUAAAAAAUGUGUUGUCCAAUGUCCGCCCAAUUUGUAUGCCUACAGUAGUUUUUGUGUCGAGACCGAGUAUUGUUUAAAGGCGAAUAAGAAGCCACUUUUGGGUGAAUGCCGUGAUUCGUGUCCGCUCAUCAUUAUAGAAAAGAAUGUAAACGUGAAAAAUGUUGAACAAUGUGCAAGAGAAUGCCCGGGAACCGAAGUGGAUUCAAUGGCAACGAGUGAUUUAUUGCGUGGCUGUCAAAUAGUUAAAGGUGAUAUUUUUAUACGGCUGCAGUCGGGUGUGGCCAAUACAAUGCAAUUAUUGGAACGAAAUUUGGGUGAUAUUGAAGAAAUUGAAGGCAUUUUGAAAAUUUACCGCUCGCCCGUCAUUACGUCAUUGUCAUUUUUACGCAGUUUACGCAUUAUUCGUGGCAUUUCGUCGGAAAAUAGUAAAUACACAUUCAUUGUUACGUCGAAUGAAAAUCUGGUGGAACUAUGGAAUUGGAAUGAGAAAAGCGCAUUGCAAUUGAUUCGCGGAAAUUUGCUGGUGCAUUUCAAUAGCAAAUUGUGUCUUAAUCAAAUCCAAGAACUACAGAAAGUGCUGAAAACAAAUACUACCGCCGAUUUUAUCAGCCCGGAAUCAAAUGGAUACGAACAAACUUGCACGGCAACUGUUAUUGUCACAUCAAACAAUGUUUUGUCCAGUUCAAGUGUCAAAAUCAAUUGGGACAAGAUCACCGUUUUGGAUACGGAGAAAAUUGUCGGGUACAUCAUUUAUUAUAUUGUAGCACCUACUCGGACCGUAUCCCGACUCAGCAUCGACACUUGUGUGCAAUACGGAUGGCAAACGCAUUUCAUCCAAAACUUCACCGACGAUGCCGAACGAACGACCCAUUCAACGAUAAUCGAUAAUUUAACUCAGAACACACAGUAUGCAUACUAUGUGAAAACUCAGGUGGUGCCAAAGGAACAUGAAGACGACGUGAUUGGAGUAAGUCAAGGUUUGAGUAAUAUCAAGUAUUUUCGAACGUUCGCCGAUGUGCCGACCUACCCGUACGUGGAAACAUUGUCAAAAACCAACACAUCCAUAACACUGGCUUGGUCACCGACCAAUGACAACGAGUUGAUUGAAUGGUACAAAGUGGAUGUAUUCAUUCAGCCGGACGAUCAUGAACUAUUGGAUCAACGUGAUUAUUGCACAAAUCCACGUAUUGAUACGCACGUGAGUGUCGGUGUUGAAGUGUCUUCGCCAAAUCUUUAUCAAAAUUGCAGCACGGAAUUUGAGAAUUGGAAAAUUGCCAAUCCCGAAUCCGUCGAUCCCGAGUAUGAAUGGAGAAUGCAUCGAAAAGCUGAAUGCUCUGAACGAAAUUCACGUCACACAAAAGAAGAAAAUCAAUCACAAAUUUUAAAAUAUGUUAAAAAUCAUAAAAUACUCAAUUGUGCCGAUGAAAAAAAAUGCAACGAGAAAUCACGAUUUUCACGUCAAAUUCACGGCAUUUUCGCGAACGAUGACUUUGAGACGAACCGAGAUAAUACGGAUCAUGAUUUGGGCAAAUACCAUAUCGGUACACAUAUUUAUCCAGCCCAACAUCGCAAUACAACCUAUACCGAUUUGCUACCCUACACAAUGUACAUUUAUCAAUUUUUCUCCUGCAACGAAAUGAAUUGCAGCACAUACUUCUUAUACUAUGAUCGCACCGACAGUUCCAUUUCCGCCGACGAUGUUCCGAGCUUUUCAAUCAACGUCGAUUCACAAAAUCAAAAUCAGGUGCACUUGGAAUUUAGCGAACCAAAAACACCGAACGGACUAACCGUGGCAUUCCAUAUCGAAAAGCAUGAUUUGAGCAAUUCCAAAGUGACCACUUUCUGCAUGCCGUGGAAACAAUAUGUCGCGAAUGGAAAAAAUAAUAAUGGACACAGUUACACAGUUCAUCAUCUUGACAAAGGUCAGUACCUUUUCAGGGUUCGAUCGGUGUCACUAGCGCUAAAUGGUGCCUACACCGAAUAUCAAAUGGUCACCAUAUACGAUAAGAGCCUCUCGACCAUGGCUAUCAUUGGGAUUGUGUUUUUGUGUGUGUUGGUCGCAUUUUUGAUUGGCACCAUAGUCAUAUACUUCUAUCGACAUAUGAGACACCGUCUACGUGUUCGCAGCCAGAAUGCCAGUACGCAGAAUAUUUUGUUGGAAAUGGAUGAGACGGAAACAGCACACGAUGAAGAUAUCCCAUCUUUCUAUCAUGCGAACACUGCUGAUCGCGAUCUAUUCUAAAUAUGACAAAUUGCAUCGAAAAAUGCACCAUUGUAUUAGCUCUUGUUCAAAUCUAUAUUAUUAUUCGUUCUCAUGCUCGCGCGCGCGUUCAUAAUCGUCUUCGGGUACAAACGAAAAUGAUUCCUUUCGUGCCUUUAACUACGUUCUGUUCUCGUCAUUUAAAUCUAUGCCAUUUAAGGAAUUUUUUUGUUUUUUCUUUCAUACAUCUGUACACUAUAUUUAUUAUUUAUUGUGAAUUUUAUACUUUUGAAAUUAGUAGGGCUUUCUAUUGGAUUUUUUUUCUCAUUUUUUGCUAGGAAAAAAACAACAACGACAACAACAACUGAAAAAAAAAAAGAAAAAAAAAGAAAACGAAAUACAUUUUUAUUUUGGUCAACACGUGAAAA